CAGGAGGAAGCAAAAAAUAUGUUGCACAACGUUGCGUCGUUGUCGAGAACAGUGAGCUGCUUCUGCCUUCUGGUGGCCUCCGCACAGGCUUUCCUCCUUCAAUUUAGCGCUAGCCCCUUUGGACGCACCAAGGCAUUGACGACCUGUGAUCUCAACCCUCGACGAGGUCGUACAACGACCUUGUCCGCCGCCAGAGGGGGGUCAUCGGUGCCCAGCGCGAGGGUCGGCAUUUUGGGUGCUUCUGGGUACACGGGUGCGGAAUUGAUGCGCAUCCUUCUGCAGCAUCCAUAUGCCAAAAUCAAAUACCUUACGGCGGAUCGCUCGGCAGGCCUGGCUUUCAGCGAGGUCUUUCCGCAGUUCAGCUACGUGAAGGAUCUCCCCAGGCUCAGCAAAUUCGAGGACAUGUCUCCCGAGAAGUGGGGCCAGGAGGUCGAUGUCAUCUUCUGCUGCCUCCCACACGCCACAACCCAGCUGGUGAUCGCCUCGUUGCCGCCCAGCGUUAAGGUGGUGGACCUAUCCGCCGACUUCAGGCUCGCGGACAUUGAGGUGUACAAGGAGUGGUACGGGGGCGAGCACAAGGCCCCCGAGCUCCAGAAAGAGGCCGUCUAUGCCAUCACAGAGUUUAGCCGAGAUCAGGUAAAAGCUUGCCGGCUGGUGGCCAAUCCUGGCUGCUAUCCUACCGCGGCCCAGCUCCCGCUCGUGCCGCUCCUGCGGAGCGGCCUGGUCUCCCAGGAAGACAUCAUCAUCGACGCCAAGUCAGGCACGACAGGCGCGGGGCGCUCCCUGAAGCAGAACAUUCUCUACUGCGAAGUAACGGAUGGGAUCUCUGCCUACGGAAUCGCUUCCCACCGACACGCUCCCGAGAUCGAGCAGGGCCUCCGGGAGGCGGCAGGCGGCAAGGAGGUGGUCAUCAACUUCACGCCGCACUUGAUGCCCAUGUCACGCGGGAUCCUCGAGUCCAUCUACGUGAAAACCGCCCCAGGUAAGACAGCCGCAGAUUUGAAGGCGCACUUGCAGGGUCUGUACGCACAGGAGCCUUUUGUGCAUGUACUGGAGGGCAGCAAGGUGCCCGAAACCCGGCACGUGCGGGGAAGCAACCACUGCUUCAUCAACGUCUUCGCGGACCGCGUCCCGGGGCGGGCCAUCAUCGUCAGCGCGAUAGACAACUUGGUUAAGGGGGCCUCAGGUCAGGCCGUCCAGAACUUCAAUGUCAUGUUUGGGUACCCGGAGACGACCGGUCUCCUCUCUCCGCCCAUGUUCCCCUAGUGUCGACCCGACUUUCUCAUGGUCACUGUCUCUCCCAAGCCCGGUGGCUCUAGCCCAUCUUCGCCAACUCCAACUAUUAUGUGGAGGCAGCGUACAUGAUAGCUGCUACUCGAAACGAGGGCUAUCAGAGUCUUUCAAGUCAGAAAGGAAAUGGAGCGCACAGAGGAUUAAUCUACGCCAGAUCGGCAUUUUUGGUGCCUGUAUCUCGGAAGAGCAAAGGAAGCAAUUUGCCUCUAUAGUUUAAGA